AUGUUGCUGCCUACAAUCAUAUGCCAGAUUCCUUUCAUUAACUGCCCUGUUGCCAAACCUCUGCCCCUCUUUCACAAGUAUUAUCAGCUAGGAGACCUCAUCGUUGGCGGCAUUAUAUCUCAUAUCUAUAUCUCUUCUGAUGUGAUAACAUUCAAAAGACGUCCUCAUCAGGAACCAAUUGAUGGCCUCGUUCUCUUCAGCGCAACGUGGACCUACCUCGCUUCAUUGGAGCUUCUCUCCACACGGGACAACUUCAUCCCUAAUUACAAGUGUGAUGACCAGAACAUCCCAGUAGCAGUCAUUGGAGGACCAUCCUCUCUAGUCAGUCACACUAUGGUGACAAUUCUCUGUUCCUACAAGGUUCCACUGCUUAUUUAUGGUUAUUCAGUGGAAAACAAUCAAAUUGAAGGGACUGGCUUCCAGUCAAUGUUUCCAAAUGGAGCCCUUCAAUAUAAAGCGAUUCUCCAUUUACUGAAAUAUUUCAGCUGGACAUGGAUUGGUGUUAUUUCUAUAAAUGAGGCAAAUGCAGAAAGGUUUAUAAAGGAUGUGGUUCCUGUAUUUUCCCAGAAUGGUAUCUGUGUUGAAUUUGUAGAAAUAUUCCCCAGAAUAAGUUUUUCGAGUGGUCUUGAUAAAGCGAUGGCUGAAGGAGCAGAAACAUAUAUUGCUGUCAUGAGAAGCACAGCCAAUGCAGUGGUCCUUAACGGUGAAUUUGAGACAAUAAUCAUCUUGAGAAUGUUGAUCCACUUCUCAGAAUUUGCAGAUAUAUCAGUAAAGACAAAAAUUUGGAUUAUGACAGCUGAGAUGGACUUCACAUCAGUUCCGUUUCAAAGAACCUGGGAUGUUGAUUUCAUGCACGGUGCAAUAUCUUUUGCAAUUCACUCCAAGCAGCCUGAAGGAUUCCAAAGAUUUCUUCAGAGGAGAAACCCUGCCUCACAUGAAGAAGAUGGCUUCAUCAGAGACUUCUGGCAACAUGCAUUUAAUUGUUUAUUCUCCCACUCAGAGGGGGACGAGAUGGUUGAGGGAGCCUGCACUGGCGAAGAGAAGCUGGAGGCUCUUCCUGUGUCUGUUUUUGAAAUGGGCAUGACUGGUCACAGCUACAGUGUCUACAAUGCUGUCUAUGCUGUGGCACAUGCUUUACAAACAAUGCCUUUCUCAACAUUCAGCCACAAAGGAUCAAUGGGGAGAAGGAGACAGAAACUUGUAGAUCAAGAACUGUAUCAGCUUCAUCACUUUUUAAGACGGGUCUCCUUUAACAACAGUUGCGGGGAAGAGAUUGCAUUCGACCAAGAAGGUCAACUAGUGGCUGGGUUUGAUAUUAUCAGCUGGGUCACAUUUGCUAACCAGUCAUUCCAUAGAAUCAAAGUGGGAAAGGCAGACCCAAAGGCUCCUCCAGAGAGGAUGUUCACCAUUGACGAGGAUUCCAUUGUGUGGCCGAGCAGGUUCAACAAGACACGACCCCUUUCUGUGUGCAAUAACGUUUGUCGUUCAGGUUACAGGAAAACGAAGAAGGAAGGGAAACCUUUUUGCUGCUAUGAUUGCCUUCCAUGUCCAGAAGGGAAGAUUUCAAACCAGAAGGACAUGGAUGACUGCUUAAAAUGUCCAGAAGACCAUUAUCCAAACAAGGACCAAGAUUUCUGUAUUCCCAAAUAUGUUAGCUUCCUGUCUUAUGAUGAACCCUUGGGGAUGACGUUGGCCAUUAUGGCUAUUUUAUUCUCUUUCGUCACAGCUUUGGUACUUGGAAUCUUCCUUAAGCAUGGAGAUACUCCAAUAGUUAAAGCCAACAACCAGAAACUCACCUACACUCUCCUUGUAUCUCUCCUGCUUUCCUUCUUUGGUGCUUGUUUAUUCAUUGGUCAACCAAACAAAUCAACAUGUCUCCUUCAGCAAACUGUUUUUGGCGUCAUCUUCUCAGUGGCUGUUUCUUGCAUCUUGGCCAAAACGAUCGUAGUGAUUUUAGCUUUCAUGGCCACCCAUCCAGGGUCCAGGAUGAGAAACUGGGUGAGGAAACCAUUGGCCAGCUCUAUUGUGCUUUCUUGCUCCCUUAUUCAAACCACUAUUUGUGCUGUGUGGUUGACAACCUCUCCUCCUUUCCCAGAUUUUGACAUGCACUCCAGGACUGAAGAAAUUAUUCUGAAGUGUAAUGAAGGAUCAGUUGCAAUGUUUUACUGUGUCUUGGGCUACAUGGGAUGUCUGGCCAUUGUCAGCUUCAUUGUGGCUUUCCUAGCUCGGAAGUUACCUGACAGUUUUAAUGAAGUCAAGUUCAUCACCUUCAGUAUGUUGUUGUUUUGCAGUGUCUGGUUAUCUUUUAUUCCAACCUACCUGAGCACCAAGGGGAAAGACAUGGUGGCCGUGGAGGUUUUUUCAAUCUUAGCCUCUAGUGGAGGGUUACUGGGCUGCAUUUUCUUCCCUAAAUGCUACAUUAUUGUGUUGAAACCUGAACUAAACAAGAGGGAGCAGCUAAUAAGAGUGAAGAAUUAA